AUGUAUAGAGCACUAAUAAGAAACACAAUAAGAAGACUAGGCAGUAGUACAGUACUUCAUUCGCAACCACCAUCGCAUUUUUCAAAUCCAAAUGAGAUACCUCCGACAUACAACACAUAUUAUAAUCGAAAUAAUUCAAUAGAAGAAAGUAAUAAAUACAAAGUAGAUCCGUAUAAACAAUCACAACAAGUACAACCAUCAAGUAGCAGUAGUAGUAGUCAAUCUCAUGAAGGAUCAUUCAAGGAAAUAACCACACUUAUAGCCAUGCUUGCAUUAGCUUAUAUUGCAAUAGAUAAUUAUACAUCCCGAAUUAAAAUAGAGAAACUUCAUCAAGAAACAACAGCAAUUAAUCUUAAAGCAUUACAAAUCCAACAAUUAAAUUAUCAAAAAGAUAAAAAAGCAAGAGACUUACAGAUACUUAAAGAGAGGAAAGAAGUAGCUAAACGAUCAUUUAAAAUGUCUUUACAUAUUGCAAUGUUACGUAAACAAUUAAAAGAAUUGGGAGUUGAUCCAAUUGAAUUAGAUAAAGUAGUUAAUGAAUUUGAAAAAACUGUUAAAGUGGAUAAUUCAAUGAAGAAUGUUUCGGGUCAAUAUUUAUGGAUUGAUGAUUCUAGUGAAUAUAAAAAUGAAUUACCUGAUCCAAUGGAGUAUGAUAAAAUAAGAAAACCGUGA